GGCUGGGCUGCUCCAUGUGGGUGUCUGUGGCACUUUCUAUCUACCCCAUGUCACUUCUUCUUCUCUCUUUGUUGUCUUCUCCCCUAGAUAAAGCAGCUGUUGGCCCACCCGCAGCCUGAGUAGCUCACGGGAUGCUCUGCAGGACCUGACACUGAACUGCUGCCUGAUGCUCGCUGAGCGAUGCCCCCGCUGCCCCUCACCCUGCUGACACCUGCUGCGAGGAUGCUGCAGACAGAGCCCCGAGGUGUGCUGCAGUGAGACGAGGUGCUCAAAGCCCCAUCGCGCCCCGCUUCUCAGCAUCCAGCUCCCAGCCUGCAGGUGGCUGCCAUGGAGGAGAACGCCUUCAGCGUGCAGCAGCUGCAGCCCAACGUCAUCUCGGUGAGGCUGUUCAAGCGCAAGGUGGGGGGCCUGGGCUUCCUGGUGAAGGAGCGCGUCAGCAAGCCGCCCGUCAUCGUCUCCGACCUGAUCCGGGGAGGAGCUGCUGAGCAGAGCGGCCUCGUGCAGGCUGGGGACAUCAUUUUAGCUGUCAAUGGGCGGCCCUUGGUGGACACCAGCUACGAGAGCGCGCUGGAGAUCCUGAGGAGCAUUGCCUCCGAGACCUACGUGGUGCUCAUCCUGCGCGGCCCCGAGGGCUUCACCACUCACCUGGAGACCACCUUUGCAGGCGACGGGACGCCCAAAACCAUCCGUGUCACCCGGCCCCUCUGCCCUGCACCCAGAGCUGUUGAGUUGUCCAACCCCAACCUCCACGGCCAGGAGCUGCCCGCGGCCAUGGGUUCUCUCUGGACCAGGGAGACGGGGCGGGAAGUGGAGCCCGUGGUCCAUGUCAACGGGUUGGUCACCGGCCCCAAAGGGCAGGAUGGCAACAAGGGGAAAGACAGCGCCUGCAGCCACCUCUGUCUCAAUGGCAGAGUGGAAGACAACGAGCUUCUCAAGGAGAUUGAGCCUGUCCUGGACCUCCUGAAGAGCAGCAGUAAGGACGGCGGUGGAGAUGUGCCCUGCAAGGUAGAGACAAGGGAUAUAGAAGUCCAGGUGGACUGGGAAGGGGAGAACAAGCUGCAGACAGCCUUCCCAGCUCAGAUGGAGAACGAUCGUGUCUUUGGUGACCUGUGGGGGAAGAGCAAUGCGCCCGUGGUCCUCAACAACCCCUACUCUGAAGCAGAGCAGCCAGCACCAUCGGGGCGGCAGUCCCCAACGAAGAGUGCAGCAAAUGGCAGCCCCUCCAAAUGCCCACGGUUUGUCAAAAUCAAGAACUGGGAGACAGGCUCUGUGCUCCACGACACUCUGCAUCUCAAGACGGCAAUGACCACCGCAUGCACUGAGCAGAUCUGCAUGGGCUCUGUGAUGACCCCCAGCCAGCAUGUCCGCAAAUCAGAAGACACCAGGCCAAAAGAGGAGGUGCUCCUCCUGGCUAAAGACUUCAUUGAUCAGUACUACUCCUCCAUUAAGAGAUCUGGCUCCAAGGCCCACAUGGAGAGGCUGGAGGAGGUGACCAAGGAGAUUGAAGCCACCGACACCUACCAGCUGCGGGACACAGAGCUGAUCUACGGUGCAAAGCAUGCCUGGAGGAAUGCAGCCCGCUGUGUGGGCAGGAUUCAGUGGUCCAAGCUGCAGGUGUUUGAUGCUCGAGACUGCACCACAGCCCAUGGGAUGUUCAAUUACAUCUGCAAUCACAUCAAAUAUGCCACCAACAAAGGGAACCUCAGAUCUGCCAUCACCAUCUUCCCACAGCGGACAGACAGCAAGCACGACUUCCGCAUCUGGAACGCACAGCUCAUCCGCUAUGCUGGCUACAAGCAGCCCGAUGGCACCAUCCUGGGGGACCCUGCCAACGUGGAGCUGACAGAGAUCUGCAUUCAGCAAGGGUGGAAGGCACCGUACGGCCGUUUCGAUAUUCUGCCUCUGCUUCUCCAAGCCAACGGCAACGACCCAGAGCUCUUUGAAAUCCCCCCAGAGCUCGUGCUGGAAGUGCCCAUCCGGCACCCCAAGUUCGAGUGGUUUAAGGACCUGGGCCUGAAGUGGUACGGUCUGCCCGCGGUGUCCAACAUGCUCCUUGAGAUUGGUGGCUUGGAGUUCUCCGCCUGCCCCUUCAGUGGCUGGUACAUGGGCACAGAGAUCGGCGUCCGGGAUUACUGUGACAACUCCCGCUACAACAUCCUGGAGCAAGUGGCCAAGAAAAUGAACCUGGACAUGAGGAAAACCUCCUCGCUGUGGAAGGAUCAGGCCCUGGUGGAGAUCAACAUCGCUGUGUUGUACAGCUUCCAGAGUGACAAAGUGACCAUUGUGGACCACCACUCGGCCACCGAGUCCUUCAUCAAGCACAUGGAGAACGAGUACCGCUGCCGUGGGGGCUGUCCUGCUGACUGGGUGUGGAUCGUGCCACCCAUGUCUGGCAGCAUCACCCCAGUUUUCCACCAGGAGAUGCUCAACUACCGCCUCACACCCUCCUUUGAGUACCAGCCCGACCCCUGGAACACCCACAUCUGGAAGGGAGUCAAUGGGACGCCUACCAAGAAGAGGGCCAUCGGCUUUAAGAAGUUGGCAAAAGCUGUGAAGUUCUCAGCCAAGCUGAUGGGACAGGCCAUGGCCAAGAGGGUCAAAGCAACCAUCCUGUAUGCUACAGAGACGGGGAAGUCACAGGUCUAUGCAAAAACCCUGUGUGAAAUCUUCAAGCAUGCAUUUGAUGCUAAGGUGAUGUCCAUGGACGAGUACGACAUCGUGCACCUAGAGCAUGAAACCAUGGUCCUGGUGGUCACAAGCACCUUUGGCAAUGGAGACCCACCCGAAAAUGGAGAGAAAUUUGGCUGUGCCCUCAUGGAGAUGAAGAAUCCUAACUCCAACCUGGAGGAGAGAAAGAGCUACAAGGUCCGUUUCAACAGUGUCUCCUCCUACUCGGAUGCACGGAAGUCCUCAAGUGAUGGCCCUGACUCCAGGGACAACUUUGAAAGUACAGGACCCCUAGCUAAUGUCAGGUUCUCUGUGUUUGGGCUGGGUUCACGGGCAUACCCCCACUUCUGUGCCUUUGCACGGGCAGUGGAUACCUUGCUGGAGGAGCUGGGUGGGGAGCGGAUCCUGCGCAUGGGAGAGGGGGACGAGCUCUGUGGGCAGGAGGAGUCCUUCCGCACCUGGGCCAAGAAAGUCUUCAAGGCAGCGUGUGAUGUCUUCUGCGUGGGAGAUGAUGUCAACAUCGAGAAGGCCAACAACUCCCUCAUCAGCAAUGACCGGAGCUGGAAGAGGAGCAAGUUCCGUCUCACCUACGUGGCUGAGGCCCCGGAGCUCACACAAGGGCUGUACAGCAUCCACAAAAAGCGUGUCUAUGCAGCCCGACUGAUCACACGCCAAAACCUGCAGAGCCCUAAGUCCAGUCGCUCAACCAUUUUCCUGCGUCUCCACACCAAUGGCCACCAGGAGCUGCAGUACCUGCCUGGGGACCACUUGGGUGUCUUUCCAGGGAACCACGAGGACCUGGUCAAUGCCCUGAUUGACAGGCUUGAGGAUGCUCCUCCGGCCAACCAGCUGGUGAAGGUGGAGCUCCUGGAGGAGAGGAGCACAGCUCUAGGCGUCAUCAGUAACUGGACAGAUGAGAACCGCAUCCCACCAUGCACCAUCUUCCAGGCUUUUAAAUACUAUCUGGACAUCACCACCCCUCCCACCCCGCUGCUGCUGCAGCAGUUUGCUUUGUUGGCCACCAGUGACAAGGAGAAGAAACGUCUGCAGGUCCUUAGCAAGGGCUUGCAGGAGUAUGAGGAGUGGAAGUGGUCCAAGAACCCCACGGUGGUGGAAGUGCUGGAGGAGUUCCCCUCGGUGCAGAUGCCCUCCACACUGCUGCUCACACAGCUGCCCCUGCUGCAGCCCCGCUACUACUCCAUCAGCUCCUCCCCGGAGAUGUACCCUGGAGAGGUCCAUCUCACCGUGGCCGUGGUCUCCUACCGCACUAGAGACGGAGAAGGCCCCAUCCAUCACGGAGUCUGCUCCUCCUGGCUCAAUAGGAUCCAGAGUGACGAGGUUGUGCCCUGCUUUGUAAGAGGGGCUCCUGGGUUCCACCUGCCCCAGGACCCCCAGGUGCCCUGCAUCCUCAUUGGCCCCGGCACCGGCAUUGCCCCAUUCCGGAGCUUCUGGCAGCAGCGGCUCUUUGAAAUCCAGCACAAAGGCCUGAAGCCCUGUCCUAUGGUUCUGGUGUUUGGAUGCCGGCAGUCCAGGAUUGAUCACAUCUACAAAGAGGAGACGCUGUUUGCUAAAACUCAAGGUGUCUUCAGAGAGCUGUACACAGCCUACUCCCGGGAACCGGACAAACCAAAGAAAUACGUGCAGGACGUGUUACAGGAGCAGCUGGCCCAAACGGUGUACAAAGCACUGAAGGAGCAGGGAGGCCACAUCUACGUCUGUGGGGAUGUCACCAUGGCUGGGGACGUCCUCAAGACCGUUCAGCGCAUCGUGAAGCAGCAGGGCCAGCUGUCAGUGGAGGAGGCAGGCACUUUCAUCAGCAAGCUGCGGGAUGACAGCCGGUACCACGAGGAUAUUUUUGGAGUCACCCUGCGCACGUACGAAGUGACUAACCGCCUUAGAUCCGAGUCUAUUGCAUUCAUUGAGGAGAGCAAAAAAGAUACAGAUGAGUGAGUUGACAUGUUUAUUUUAACCCCUGCUCUGGUCACCAAGUGUGUGGGCUGUGGGAUGGGAAAGGAACUUUUAACUUCUGCACAUCUCUAGCCCUAAAGAGUGGCUGGAAAAAAGACAUUUCACUUCUGCAUGUGUUGCAGAGACUGCUGCAUGGCCAUCUCUCUGAGAUAGCAGAGAGAGUGCAGGCAGCUGCUACCAUGUUGGGGGGUACCCAUGUUGGAGCUCCAAUUGGGAAAGAUCUGGAGGCUUUUCUGUCUUCCCUCUCUGGAGAAAACAAGCAAAAGAAGUAAGAAUUGGUGCCAUGAGGUAUCUGUGCUCUGUCAUAUCCUGCCAUGCGCUCAGCUCUGUACUGAGGGACUCUUCCCUUAGUGAGCAGGAUUAUUUAGGAUGAGGGAUGUGCACGGAUCUCACUCCUCAUCCUGGCUUUUGUCCUGGCAUGCAGUCCUGGCUUCCCAACUUCUGUGGUACUUGGGAGGAAUUUUGCUCCAAUGCACUGCACACACCAGGGUCUGCACUGUGUAAGGAGAGCUGCCAGUUCCCAUCUGUAGGGAGGGUUAACGAGUGCCCACCUCACCCAGCUGCCACGGCUCUGUGCAUAUCUGCAACAGUAAGCAGUCCUCUGGAGGGUCGUAUGGGAAGAUCACUGCCUUUCCCUGGCUGUACUGCCAGAUGCCCUGUGGGGAGGUACACAGGAGAGCACAGUACUCUGGUUUCCAAAGAGACCCCUGAGGAGCCCACCCUGCCCUCCUGGAAGCAGAGGACAAUGCUCCGGAACGGCUUUGCUCUGCAUCAGCUCUACUCAUCCCGCAUUAGGGCCACAUUACCCAGCAGGGUGCUCAGCUGCUUCCUCUGAGCCCUUUCUGCCCUUUCCCUUGCAGGGUUUUCUGCUCCUAACUGGACCCUUCGCCCCAAGGGAUGCCCAACCAGUCCUGGCACCUGCUGCCCACUCCUGCCGAGGGCACUGGGUUUUGUAUUUCACGGACACAGUGGCUCCUUUUCCGGGGAACUGCCCAUGGAAAGCGCUCUGUCUCUUGUCCUGUUGUUGUGUCAUGAUGAUGAUGAUGAUGAUAAUUUUUAUUGCCUUUUCUUCCUCUUUCUCUUGCUCUCUCUCUUGUCCUGUGGUGGUUUCUUUUCAUCCCCUUUCCCUUCUCCUGAUCUCCCCAUUGAAGUAUGAUGGCUUCAUAAUUCGCAGUGGCUCUUAACAGAACUUCCCGUUUCUCCAUCCUCUCACGAGGGCAUUUUGCAGCUGCAUGAAAUUAUCAUUUUUGUGACCAUUUGCGUUUUAGUGUUUUGGGGGCAAGCAGAGUGGCAGGGGCUGGGUGCUGGCUGGCUCUUGCUGCUUUAUGGGAUCUGGGGGCCGUUCCCUCAGCCCCAAGCUUGGGGCUUGGCUGAAUCCUGGCAUUUUCUUUGCUUUCUUUUGGGCUUGUUCAGGCCUGGGCACGAGCCCACGGCUGGGGGAAGUCAAUGUGCCAUGUCCUUGUGCCUGUGAACUUUGCUCAUCCCCACCCAGCCUGGGUGCAAACGCAUCUGUAUCGAGCCAGAAGGCAGGACGUCUGCAGUUCACAUAUCGUAGUUUCUCCUAAAUGCACUCUGCGCUGUUUGCCUCCUUCUCUGCUCCCCGUUCCCCCUAAGUCUCUCCUUUUGCUCAGUCCCCACUUCUGCUGGCAUGAAAGUCUUCCUGCUGAAGAGCAAGCACUGAACACACAGGCUGAUGUCUGUGCUAGGGAGAAACUUGUAGCAACGAGUGCUGCUUCGCCUGGCUGUCCUCCGAAAGGCUUUGCAAGAGAUGUGCAAUCUGCAGCUGUGAUGCUGGGGGCAGAGAUUCAGCUGCAUCCUUGAGCUUUGCAAUGUGAACGCUUGAACCCUCUCCCAGGUGAGACUGGAAAGCCACAAGGAGGGAAGAGAAGCAGCACCAACCCCGGGUGCAGGAGCACCUCCAUAUGGGAAAGCAGAACUUGGAGGGCUACAAAGGCUCCCACCACCUGGUCCCUUCGGAGGCUGUGUUGACAGAGAGUUCCUGGAAGCAUGGAGAGCACCAGUUCCACCCUAGUGCAGUGCUGUGAGCAGUUCUGGGACAGCACAUCCCAACCCCACUCAUGGCUUCGGGAGCAGCAAGCGCCAGCAUGGAGUGACCUGCCUGCCAAAUAAAUACGUGCAGCAUCUUGGUGCAAGCCUGUCCCCUCAUGCAGGUUGUGUGCCACCUGCCAGCAGCACGAGCUGUCUCUGCCAGGACGACUCGUCGACCUGGAGGUGAGAUGGGCUGCAAGGCUGCUGCGUGACUCUGGGCUCUGCCACGCUCACACCUCAGCCUGGCUGCAAAACUGCAACCCCACAAAUGAGCCGUUAGCACUGUCACAGAAAGGAAUCGGUCCCUUUAGCAGAGGAGAGCUGUCAGAGAGGUAAAGCAAGCACAACAUUGUGCAUCCUUCUUCCCUCACCCCCCUUCUCACCCUCAGGAGGUUUUGUCCUCCUUCAGUGCAGCGUGAGGGGCUCUGGGCAGCUGCAGCCCUUGCUGGAGGCAGGGACAUGAGGCUGGUGCAGGAGCUGAUCCUGUCCUCCUGUCCCCACUUUGCUGCACUGUGAACUGAGGCUUGUGUGGAACAAAGCACCCGCACCAGAGGCAGCAGAGGGUUUGUUCAGGAGCUGUAACGUAGAGCUUUGCUUUCAGAGGGCUCGGAUUUGCUGCCCUAAGACCAAGUGGGGACAAAAAGAGCUGCAUGAGGCUUGUAGCUCCCUCAGCUCGUGGUGCAAGGCACGCUGGCCUCCCUGGCAGUGCAGGUGUCAUACACUCAGCCCGCUGCCCUUUCCUGCUGCUUGGCCGGCCAUAGCUGGGACCAUCUGCAGCCUCAACUCCCUGGGUGCUUGAAGCAGCUCCAGCUCAAGAGCCAGGUGGGCACCAGAGACCCAGAUCUCAGUUUUGCUGGUCCCAGCAGCGCACUUUGCAGGGCAUGAAAUGCGAAGGAAUGCUGCCACAGUGUGGCCAGAGCCGAGCUCGUUAAGAUGGCAGUUGCAAGGCUGGGUUUGUGGCACUGCCUGGGGACUUGGGGAUGUGGAGUUGAAUGCUGGACAUGAUGGGAUGAAGUGCAGCCCCUGGUCCUCCUUUAGGGCCUGUGCCCCAAUCCUAGGGCAGGUGGUGGGAUGAGAGAGCUGGGUCCCUUUUUUGCUGGGAUGUGAGAAUUCAGGCAGGCGUCCUGCUGAUGGGAACCAAACCCCUGGCUCUAGACCUGUGUACAUACUGCAAACCUAGCCCUAAACCCACGUCCCAUGGCUGCAGAAACAAAGCUAAAGAACAAAUUCACAUCACAUCCCUGCCUUGAUUCUGAUUAUGGCUCUAGACUCUGUGCUCUGCUCCUACUUUUAAUAGAACUGGUGACACAAUCUGAAAAGGAGGGUGUGCCCAAAGAAAUGCCCUUGUCUUCGUCCUCUUUCCAGCUCAACCUGUGUUGUUAGCAAUUAGUUUUUUCCAGUCCUGCCUUCUGCCUGUAUUGCUUUAACAUCUCCCAUCUGGAAGUCCUGUUGCUGUUGCAGUCUAUGGCUGAAAUGAAUUUGGCUUGCUCUUCCUGUGCCCCAAAGCCUGCCGUCUCCAUCUCCUGCUCUAGCAGAUACCAGUGAAAGCACUGGGAAGCACAAAGGAGGGAACAGGGCGUGUGCCUUGCCUUCAGUGGGACUUCCAAAGGGGCAGACAGCUUUGGCUGUCUGAAGCUCAGUGGUUAGGUGAGUCCUUCAUAAUCCUUCCGAAGAGAAAUGCUGCUUGAAGGGCAGCCGGCCUGCCUGGCUCUGCCACAAAAGUCCACAGAGCUGCACAUCCUGCAGGACUCCGAGCUGCCUCUCCGCUCCCUCUGCCUCAGCAGGGCUUCUCACAAGCCAAACUACUGGGAAUUUUGAUUCAUUGCAUUUUGUUGAGUCAGUCUCAGAUGUCUUAACUCCCCCUUCGUCCUUCUAACCUGCGAAGGCUUCGCACUCCCCUUCGAGUUUAAUUUUCUCCCACAGCGCAGGGAGAAAUAAACCUGUGGAUCUGCUUUAUCAUUCAUUCCACAAAUGUGGCUUUUCCUAGUUGUCUAGACUCUGCUCAUCUCAGUGUGACAUGUCUGACACGUGUGUGUAGCCACGGUAUCUCCAUCACGCACAAACAGCAGGGAGUGCUGCACACUGGUGCCCUGAGCUGCCCAGGGUGUCACACCAGGAUGGACCAUGCCUUUUGGGCACUCAGGUCACAAACGUCACUGCUGGCUGCUUGCUGCCCUGCCCCAUGCAGCUCCUGCAGCAAGGGGACACAGGACCCAAUGGGCUCCUGGCCCAACCCAGUGCCCCAGUCCCUGUCCUGGAGGAUGCCCACCACCACUGCCUGUUUUGCAGCAGUUCUGCUCCUUUUUGCUCCCCAGAGAUUAAACACGAAGAGGGUCUUUUCUAAAUGGGAGAUUGGAUUUUCAAGAUGCUACUAUCUCCUGCUCCAGGAGAUACCAGUGAAAGCACUGGGAAGCUGUGCUUUUUUUAUUUUUUUCUUUCUGCAGAGAUUUUAAUUUGUAAGUUUCUCAGAUGUCCACAGAAAGUUAUGUACCAACUUGAAAAUUCAUGGGAAAUGGUUCUGUGUUUUCCCAACCUGCUGUGUCCAUUAGCAGGGGAAAAUAAGUUGUUCGUUCAGCACAAGGGUACCUGCUGCCUGUGUUGUUGAUGACUUCAAAGGUUUCAUCUCCCCAGAAGGACUGCUUAGGAGUUUGCUGUUCUUCUUUCUACUGCUAUCUAUGAGAGACAGCGGGAAAAUAAUGAGACUUCUCUCAUCAGGAUCAGACUUGCAAAGACAACACUCCACAAUCAUCACUGGGUAGACCUAAGAUCAUUGUGCUGGAGGAACCGAGGCAGUUGCAUCCAUAUUGGCCAGAGAAGCAGAGUUUAAGGCUGGGCAGCCAUGCUCCCUGCCCCUGUCCUGAGCCUACACUUCUCGGUGACAAGCAGGGGACUGCAUCCACACUCUGUGUCUGUGUAUGUCUGGGAAAAUUGCAGUGAGCAAAGUGAUUGCUCCUGUGAAGAAAAGGAGAUGUGAAGAGACAGCAGCCACACGAAGCUGUGUCUAAAUGGGAUUGCUUUGCUGGUUCUCUUGCUGUUAGCAUGUAAUGCCUCUCACCUGACACAGGCUCCCUGCACCACCUCCCCCUGCAGAUCCUUCCUGUGUCCCCCCCAGCCCUGUCUGCCUGUCCACAGCUGGGUGAGGGCAGGUCCUCGGGAUGCCAACAGGCUUGUAGUGCCUUGUGCUAGGAAGAGGUGCUGAGGGUGCCCUCCUGUUCCUGCUCUCUUCAGAGCUGCUCCAAGCUCACAAAGACUGGAGGCUGAGAGGAACAGCUGACUUCAUUUCACAAGUGAAAACCUUGGUGGGUAAAUUCCUCACGGGAUCACUGAGAGCAGGCUAUAAGCCUUGCUGUGCUCUGCAGUUUUCUUUUGGUGGGGCUUCAUAGUACAAAAUACAUAGUACAAAGACAGGGCAGAAUGUGGGUCCAAAUUGGACACCAUCUUCUGCACACACUGCUGAUCGGUGAGCACCUACCACAGUUUGAAGGCCACAUUCUCAUUAUGCUUUUUAGAGAAGGCUGUGUUUCUGAUGAAGCCUUGUGGACAUAUGCACUAACCCUGAACCCAAGCUGCUGCCUCCUGACAUAACUCUGAAGCCAUUACAGACCUUUGAUUUAUACCUAUGGGGAAGCUAUGGAGAGUUCCCAGCAUUUUUGGAAGGAAAUUUUAUGCUCAAAACUAAAUUUUGUUCCUACCUUCACUGGGGACCAAUUCUCAGCUUCAGAAUUGCUCUGAUAACUUUGCAAUUGCUUUGGUAGCUCCAGAGGGGAGUGCAGUCUCUUUACAGAACAGAUGGAGACACACUUACAGGACCAUUCAACUUUGCUGUAGCUCUGUCUUUGUUACAACAAUUUCCUCUGCUAUAACAGGAGGAGCAAAAUCUGGACAGCACUGCACACUUGGAAAACUGAAUUCACAAACUCAGACAAAGUUGCUCUUGCAUCUGAGUCCUUCCAGAUACAAAAUGCCUUCCACAACCACUGGCUUCUGUGGCACUGGGGGUGUUCAGCAGCUUGCAGAAUAAGGCUUUCACAGCAGCAGCAGUUUCAUAAUGGCAGUAUUUCUGUGCGUGUCAAUCUGCACUUGCACCUGCCUGCAAUGCAUGACUCUAGUAUUCCAUUUGAAAUCUACCCUCAACAGGGAGAUCUGAGCUCUAGCUUCUUCCCUAUGGUCGUGUGUAUUUAAUAGGAAUUCAGGGGAGCUGGAGAAAGCUAAUGAGAUUGCUGCUUUAAAGCACUUGGUUGCAGAAGUAAAAUAGAUACUUUGGAGGUUGAAAUUGACUUGACUUGAGCAUGGCUACAAGGGCAACUCAUGAAAUAUUUAAGCACUGUAAUGCAGACUUACCUGUAUCCUGCUGUGAGAUGAAAAAAGCAGAUCGGAAAGUCUUGACUUCUACCCCUACAGAUGUUUCCAGUGAAGGCUGUGAUGGAAGUUUGAGCCAUCAAAAUCACUGGGAGAAAAAAACAACAACCAAACAGGUUGUGAGUUCAUAGCUGAGCAGCCGCAGCUUGUUUACCAGUGAGUGCCUCACUGUGAGUGCUGCUGUUUUCCUGCCUACUCAUGUGCCUACCUGGCUAGAUUUCAGGGAGGAAGGAGGGAGAAAACACAUCAAAAGUGAGAUGCAUGAGCCUUGCCUUCAGCACCCUCUAUUUAAUAGGUGCCUGCAGGCCAAGGCUUUGCAGCUGCUCUUCAUUGCCAUGGCAGGGCAAGAUGCUGGGGGCUACUCUGGGACCUUUGCUUGCAGCAAUUCUGGGGCUGAGGAGAGCAGCACAGAGCUGGGCUGCAGGUACUCUGCACAGCCUGACUGCAGAGCUGGCACACAGUUCCACAGGGCUAGUGCAGAAAUCUGCCAGUGAAUAACACAGGACAAAGUGUUUUUCUUCUAGAGGCAUUUUUAAUACUUAAAAAAUGGGAAAGGCUUAAUACUGCAAAAGCCAAUCAAAAAAAGACCAAGUGAUCUACGAGUUCUUUUUUGUUGCUUUGGAUGAAAUUGAGUAUUUUGUCCCCACAGUAAUCGCCAAAUGGAGAUUUUAUAAUUUUCCACAGGCAAUAAAACUGCCUUAAUAUGCAUUCAAAUCCAACAAGAGGCAUUAGUGCUACCUGCUUUCAAAUGUGGUUUUUGCUUUUCUGUUUGUAUGAUCAUGGUAUGAAACCAUGUCUUAAUAGAAUAUGUUUUACAGUGCUCACCAGGAUGUCUCUGUGCUCAGCAUUGAAGUGAUGGCUUUGACGCCAAUGAAAUUCAGUGCAAAAUGUCUGCUUUACAGGAAUUCUACAAAAUAGGUGUAUAUCCAGAAUACCUACGGUUUAAUGUGCCCUGCUGCCUUGAGAUGCCUUCAAAAACCCUGGGAUCUAUAUGCUAAAAAGAGCUUGAGAAUAGGUUCCCUUAGUCUAUAGCAACAUCCUGAGUAGUUCUAGCUUGCACACAACUCCCCAGGCAGCAGACAAAUCGAGUGAGAUGACUUUCAGCCGGGACUCAUUGCUUUUUAGAUUGCAUGUAGUUAGAAACAUGAGUGCUGCCAUCCACCCAGGGAAUUUGAUAUUCAGUGCCAAUUAAUUUUUGUAAUAGGAACAGGGAUUUCUUCUCCUGAUUCCCUUAAGCACCUCUGGAAAGCGUAAGCCUCAAAGACUGAUUUGUUGUUGCUUUGUUUUUUUGGUGUUUUUUUUUUCUUUCUUUCUUUCUUUCUUUCUUUUUUUUUUUUUUUUUUUUGUUUGCUCUGGUGGCCUUUUUCCUAAAGAACAAAGCUGAGAAAGGAGGCCACUCUGUGCAGGGCAGUAGCUUUGGGGCAGGGCAGACUCCUGACAUUUCCAUUGCAGAGGUUUACUAAACUCUUCAGCUGUAGGUGAAUUCUGCUCUGCUGGAUGGGACCCCAAUUUCUCUCCCCUUCCUGGUCCUCCUGCUCCUCCCUCCCUCUCCUCAGCACCUCCUCAUGUCACCGUGCCUUCAUUUGGUCAAUAAAAUGAUGCCACGAUUUCAGACCGGUGCAUUUUCAUCUCACUUGGCAUCCCAUCAGACACUGGAGAGGGGUGGUUUAUCUCGUAGCUUCUCAUGCAAUUCUAAGGUAGGUUUCUUCUGAGGAGCGAAGGGGCAGAGGGAGCGAGGCUGAAGCAGCGUUGUGUUUGAUCAUACCAGUGCUUUAAGUGGUCAGAAACAUGGUUUUCCCCUACCUCUGAGCUCUCAAUGCUGCUAAAAUCUCUGCCAUCCGUACAAUGUACUCCAGCCCCCUCUCUUGGACUGACUCUGGCUCUGUUUGCAAGAUAUCCACAUUGUUCUAAAGCAUGCACCUUUCUGUAUAGUUCCAAUUUACGAUUUUAUGGAAUACUUAUGCCUGUUUGCAUUACAGUCAAAAUAAUAAUAAUAAAAAAAAGCCUAAAAUACAGCAGACCUCAUUCUUCUCUUGUCUGUGGGCUCUUGACACUCAAAGGUCUCUCCUGACACAUUGGCCUUGCCCUCUUUCACUACCUGUGCUGCUGUCAGUGAUAUCUACCAACCUGACAGAGACAAGGGCUGCAUCACAGCACUGCGUCACUCAUCACUCCCAUCACCCACUCCACAGCCACAGGGUACUGCCUCAGCCAUAGGGAACACCACCUCAGCACUGCCACGGCAAUGGGCAGUGUUAUCUCACCAUUGCCACAGCCAUGGCACAGCAUCACCUCAGGCAUUGCCAUGGCCAUAGGGAGCAUCACCUCAGCACUCCGUGGCCAUGGGAAACAUCAUCUCAGGCACUGCUACAGCCAUGGCACAGCGUCACCUCAGGCACUGCCAUGGCCAUGAAAAGUAUCACCUCAGGCCCCAUAGGUGCAUCACCUCAGGCAUUGCCACAGCCAUAGGAGCAUCAUCUCAGCACUACCAUGGCAAUAGGGAACAUCACCUCAGGCACUGCUACAGCCACAGGCAGCGUAACCUCAACAUUGCCACAGCCAUAGGGAACAUCACCUCAACAUUGCCACAGCCAUGGCACAGCAUCACCUCAGGCAUUGCCACAGGUAUGGUGGCAUCACCUCAGCACUGCCAUGGCCAUAGGGAACAUCACCUCAGCACAGCCAUGGCCACGGGCAGCAUCACCUCAGGCAUUGCCACAGCCAUGGGGAGCAUCACCUCAGCACUGCCAUGGCAAUGGGCAGUGUUAGCUCAGCAUUGCCACAGCCAUGGCACAGUGUCACCUCAGGCAUUGCCACAGCCAUGAAGAAUAUCAUCUCAGCACGGCCAUGGGGAGUAGCACCUCAGACUCCAUAGGGAGCAUCAUCUCAGGCACUGCUAGAGCCAUGGCACAGCAUCACCUCAGGCAUUGCCACAGGUGUGGUGGCAUCAGCUCAGCACUGCCAUUGCCUUGGGCAGUGUCACCUCAACAAUGACACAGCCAUAGGGAGCAUCACCUCAGCACUGCUACAGCCAUGGCACAGCGUCACCUCAGGCAUUGCCACAGAUGUGGUGGCAUCAGCUCAGCACUGCCAUGGCCACGGGCACUGUCACCUCAGGCACUGUCACAGCCAUGGGGAGCAUCACCUCAGCACAGCCACGGCCAUAUGAGGCAUCAUCUCAGACCCCAUAGGGAGCAUCACCUCGGGCAUUGCCACAGAUGUGGUGGCGUCACCUCAGCACAGCCACGGCAUGGCAUCUCCCCCUGUGCCCCGCCCUGCCCCCAGCCGUCGCCCCGCAGUGUCAGCCUGGAUUGCU